GUGCAGUGCGCUGCGUAUAUCCGUUGAAACUGUGUUUUAGUUUGGUGAUAGAGACUUAAAGUCGAUGCAUGACUCAGCUCUGGGGAUGAAUGAGUCGAGCCUGAUUAAAAUGGCACAGGUGCGGCCACACGAGCUGCUGCAGUUAAUGAAAUGAAGUUAACACGUUUGAAAACCCCGAGGACAUGAACGUUAAAUUCAGUGUUGGGAGAAAUGAGUGUGGAAGUGGAAAGAAAGUUUUUAUGCAACGCUGACACUCUGAAAACCCUGGAGGAGAUCGGAGCAGUGUGCAUUGGUCAAUGCCAGUUCCACGACCGGUACUUUGACACCCCCGAGUUCAGCCUGACUUUGAAAGACAUGUGGCUGCGUCAGCGCAAAGGAUGCUGGGAGCUCAAGUGCCCGACAGCAGUCGAGGGGCCCGAAGAGACGACCGGAGAACAAUCUGAAGCGGCAGCGCUGUGCACCCGCUACAAGGAGAUAACAAAUCUGCCCGAAAUUCAGCAGAGAGUGCGAGAAGUCAUAAAAGACGUCUGUGAGGACGGAGAGACGAGCUUCUCGCAGAAGGACGGGCAGGCCUGGCUGAGCGAGAUGAAUCUGGUGUGCUUUGCUGAGUUUACAACAGUGCGGCGGACGUUCAGUUUAGAGGAGGACGGGGUGCGGAUAGACCUCGACCAAGCCGACUUUGGCUACCAUGUGGGAGAGAUCGAGGUCCUCCUUCCAGAGGGAGGAGACGUGCAGUUGGCCUUGGAGAAGAUCGAAAGAACAGCUCGAAAGCUGGGUCUGACUGGAGAUAAGCGAGUUCAGGGGAAAAUGAACAUUUAUCUUCAAAGAAAUCACCCGGAGCACUACGCAAAACUACUGAGAGAACGUGUUAUGUAAGAAGAUCAGAGAUCAUCUGUAGCAGUUAGAGCUAAAUGGUUUGUCAGGAUGUACAGAAGUGUAAAACUGAGGCAUUAUUUAUUAGAAAGUCUAUUAUAUUUUUUACUUUUGAAAAUGUGUAUUUAAAAUGUAAGCAUAUUCACUCCUUGUAAAGAUGUGUUUCCUGAAUUUAAAACUUGAUCUGACUGUUCACACAGCCGUUACAUCAACGGGAAUCGGAUCUGAUUUAGGACCACAAAUGAGAACUGAUAGGACCAGAUUCCAUGUGAUUUGUGCUGUUCAGACUGUCAUUAAAGCAAAACCAGAAA